AUGCAUUCAUGUGUAUGUCCUUAUCUGAAUGAUUACCUUUCACUCCUGCAGCAGCUAACCGGUACCUUGGCUGUGGCUGUGUUCACAGCAGUUCUCGGGUCCCUGCAGUAUGGCUACAGUCUUGGAGUCAUCAAUGCACCCCAGAAGGUCAUUGAAAAGCAUUAUGGACGGUUCCUGGGGGUGUGGUCAGACAGGGCCAAUGACCUGUCAGAAAACAGCACAGAAGAAGAAGAGUUCUCAGAGGCGGGACAACACCCUGCCGUGGUCAUGUAUUGGUCAUUGUCUGUGGCAGUCUUCUCCAUUGGUGGCAUGUUAUCGUCCUUCCUGGUGGGAUUUGUGGGAGACCUGAAAGGGAGGGUAAAGGGCAUGUUAAUGGUCAAUGUUCUGGCUGUAGCUGCUGGACUGCUGAUGGGUCUUUGCAGGAUGUGGAAACCUCACAUCAUGGUGAUCUCCGGCCGUGCUGUUAUGGGCUUUUACUGUGGACUGACAUCUGGGCUAGUGCCUAUGUACAUUGGAGAAAUUGCACCUAAGGCUUACAGAGGUGCUCUGGGAACAAUACACCAGCUGGCUAUUGUCACUGGCAUCCUAAUUAGCCAGGUAAUAGGCUUGGACUUUGUACUUGGUAAUGAUGAAAUGUGGCCCCUGUUGCUUGGACUGUCUGGAGCUCCGGCAGUAUUACAAUCCUUUCUGCUGCCUCUGUGCCCUGAGAGCCCACGGUACCUUUACAUUCGACUGGGCAAGGAUCAAGAGGCUCAAAAAAGUCUGCUUCGUCUAAAGGGGGCAUAUGAUCCAACUGCUGAUCUGGAAGAGAUGAGGAGAGAGAAAGAGGAGACACAUAGGGAGCCCAUGGUCACUAUCCUUUCUUUGAUCCGCUCCUCUGUGUACAGAAAGCAGCUGAUUGUUGCCCUCAUGAUGCACCUCUCUCAGCAGUUGUCUGGCAUCAAUGCGAUCUUUUAUUACUCUACGGAUAUCUUCAGUCGGGCUGGUAUCAGUCAGCCAGUCUACGCCACUAUAGGAGUCGGGGUCAUCAACACAGUCUUUACUCUGGUGUCUGUUGUACUGGUGGACAAGGCUGGCAGGCGCACUCUGACUCUGGCUGGACUGGGAGGGAUGUGCGGUUGUGCAAUUGCCAUGACAGUGGGCCUCAAAUUCCAGAGUGACUACUCGUGGAUGAGCUAUGUCAGCAUGUCAGCUAUCUUCCUCUUCGUGAGUUUCUUUGAGAUUGGUCCUGGUCCCAUUCCAUGGUUUAUAGUCGCUGAACUGUUCAGCCAGGGACCUCGGCCUGCAGCCAUCGCUCUCGCUGGCUGCUGCAACUGGACCAGCAACUUCAUUAUAGGCUUAACCUUUCCGUAUAUACAGGCUUGGCUGGAUAGUUAUGUGUUCAUCCUGUUUGCUGUGCUGCUCCUUGGUUUCACUGUGUUUAUUUAUCUUCGGGUCCCUGAGACCAAGGGCAAAACUUUUGAUGAGAUUGCUGCUGUCUUCCACAAGGGCCGAAAAAAGUUGGCACAGAGCCCCAAAGACGAUAUGGAACUACAGCAGCUCAAAACAUCCACAGAUGCUUGAAACAACUGUUUGUGUAGUGUAUUUGUAUUCGUGUCAAAGGUUGUGUCUCUUUCAGUAUUUCAAAUGUGAAAAAGUGCUAAUGUACAUUUUAGUACUAUAAUUACAUGGUGAAUUAAGGACUCGUGUAAACAAUUUUCAAUGUAAAUGUAGGUGCUACACAAAAACCAGCAGUGACUUACAAUAUCAUGUUUCCGUUAUAUGGAGUGGUGUUUACAUUUAAUCAAAAUAUCAUUCUUUUAUUGCAGUAUUGUGACUUAACGGUUAAAGCAGCUACAAUCAAUAUUGGACUACAUGACUGUGAUGAUUUUUAUGUGAAAGGGGUCGUAUUGUAUUCAACCUAUAGAAAAUUAUGAUCCGACUCUGCAGUUCCCCUCGGCUCUACUAAGCUUUUGUAACCAGGUGAUAUGGUCAAACCUUAAAUAUACAGGAGAUUAAAGUAACAAAACCUC